GUCUAGAGGUAAUGACAGGUUGGUCGGUUACCACCUGCCCCACCAUCGCGCUCAUACCGGGACAUUUCAUCACAACAUCUCACUGUCGCGCAUUAUCACCAGCUUCUGAGAUCAACGUCAGGAUAACUUUCGUCACCAAGCUGCACUUAGCUCAGGGAGCUUAAGAUUAGCUCACACUAAACUUGUCCGAUCGGGCUUACAAUAACCUCAGCUCAUCUUCACUCAACCUCUACGGGCUGCCCCCUGAAGCUGCACGGAACAUACACUCGAUAAUCUCAAAACUCACCACUCCCUUCAUAAGUCGCAAUGGCAUGGGAUUCAAAGUCAACAACAGGCCGACGACGAGGCAACAGCGUCGCCUCCAAUGCCUCACGCGGCCUCCGCCAAGGACCCAGACCACCCACCCAGCCCAAGUCCGCUCACGUCGCUGACCCUUUUCUCCAUGAUUUUCUCGGUCCAUCCUUCGACGCCGCAGCCUACCUCAACGCCACAUUGCCGCCUCUUCAAACAUCUACGGGAUCUUCUUCAACAGCAUCGUCAGCUUCGCGGUCUGCUGCCAACCAAGGUGGUGCCUCAGCCGCCGCAGCGGCCGUGCCACUCUCCGAAGUCUCUCUCCAAGCCCAAUCCGUGCUCUCCCAGCUGAACGCACACACCACCCGACUCACCAACACUCUCACCCAACUCACCGACGACAUCCUCCGGAGCGGCAGCAGGCUCGCCUACGAAGUAGAGCUCCUACGCGGCGAGACGCUCAGUCUGGCCGAGACUCUUACGGAGGGGUUGCAAGAGGACGUAGCCAAGUUCGUGCCUGGCGGACUCUCUAUACCGGAAGCACCCGCACCAUCCGCAGCGGCAACCGCUCCCGGUGCUACCAUCGAAGGACACCAACGACGUCUAUCAGUCGCCGUACCACCAUCACAACAACAACCACAACCCGAAACACCCGCCGUCACUACUACAGCCCCAGGCGCCUCAGCAGAAGAUGAAGAAGCAGAACCCCAAGAACCUCCACACAUAACACAACUCCGCACCCUCACCCUCGUCCGCUCCCGCCUCGACUCGGUAAUCCAAACCUUUGGUUCAGCCAUCGACUUCGUCUUCCCGCCCUCUGAACUAUCCGCCGUCUCCUCCUUUUUAUCCGUAUCCGCGCCCGCACCGCCUGACUCCUCUGUCUCUAGUGACCCUGACUCGGCAGCCAGCACGGAAGAAAAGGGCCAAAGGGUGUUGCAGGCGCUUCGGGACGAAAUUUCUUCCCUUUUGGAGAGUAAUAAUAACAAAGAAGAUAAUGAUCCGAUCAAGGGGAUUGAGGAAGCCGCGAAGCGAGUGGGCGAGUUGAAGGAGUUAGUGAAAGUAUGGAAGGGCACGGCGGAGGAGCGGGGGAGGGUGAAGUUUGUGGAGGGGCUGGCGAGGAUGGUGGAGGAGAGGCAUGCGGCUUUGGUGAGGGAGUUGGAGAGCGGUGGUGGUGGUGGUGGUGCGAGGAAAGGAGGGGAUACGACCGGCAGGACUGCUGAUGCUGAGGCGGCUUUGAGGAGGGUUGUUGGAGGCGGAGAGGCGGAGCAGACAUCAUCUUCAUCAUCGUCACAGACACAGACGGAGAGUAAGGGGUUGGGUGGGUAUGGGCUGAUUAGUCAGUUGAAUAAGUUCAGGAAUGGGCUGUAAUAGCUGGCGCCUUGGAGCUAUUUAGGCCGGGGUGGAGGCGACUUGAAGUAGGUCACAGAGAGCACUUUGUGUGUAUAUCUUCUAGCUCUGCGUCUGGAGAUUCAUUGUAUGGUAGAAGACUUCUUAAUGUCAAAUACUGGGUACGACCCCCGGCGAAAGUCACUGUAAGACCUCCAAUGUCCCAUACCUGCCCAUCACUGUAGUGCUCAAGUUCUUGAACUCAGUCAGUAAUGGGACCUCGCGUAGUUGGAUGGACGUCGCGUAUAUGUUCAGCCGUCUUACAAGUGACUCGGAGCCAUAUCCCUCGAUGAUCUUUGGUCCAAAGUAUCGAUGGAUGUUAGUCACUUUUUGUCUAACCGUGCUCUGGAGACUCGUGCUGCCCUGAUCAUGUCCACCAAGUUGUGAUUUCUUCCGAGUUGACAAAACUAGAGAAGGGG